CGAACCCGUCUGGCCGGGCUCGUCGACCUGGGACGAGGCCGCGGCAUGCGUGUUCAGUCUGGCAGUCAUGCCGUCACGUCUGGCUGGGGCUCUGGAGGCCUACCAGCGGCACCUGGGUGUGCACGCGGGUGUGGCGCGCGACCUGGUGCACCGCAUCGACGAGGUGAAGGCCUACCUGGCGGACACACGCGUCAUGGGCCGCAUGGCCUCCUUCGGAGCAGCAGGUGCAGGGCGGGGUGGCAGCGGAGGCGGAGCCGGCUCCUCGCCGCCCACACCCAAGGGUGGCAGCGGCGGCGGCGGCGGCCUGGCGGCGGCGGCGGCGAGGUCGCCGGCGAGUCGCGGCUCGCCGCUGACGCUGCCGCCUGGAGGCGGCGGCGGCGGCGGCUCCGCCGCCGGCCGCCCUGGGUCUUCGCUCAGCCUGCAGAGCCAUAGUCACCUGCUGGGUCCGGGCCGGGCUUCGGCAGGGGGCCUGUACGCACUGGACGAGGAUGGCGGGGGCUCGGGCGGCGGCGGCAUGGGCAGCACCGUCAGCAGCGCGGGCGCCAGCACCAUUCCGGCGCUGAGCCCCGGCCACCGGCUGCCGCACCUGAACACGCUGGCGCCAAACGGCGGGGCGCGGUCGGGGCGGGCGUCGCUGCACGAGUAUGAGGACUGAGUGUGACGACGGAGUGCGAGUAUGAUGAUUGGGUGAGGCUGGGGUGAGGCUGGGGUGAGGCUGGGGUGAAGGUGGAAGGGGGGAUGAGGGCGAUGGGGGGUUAGACUUGGGGAGGUGGGGAGGUGGGGAGGUGGGGAGGUGGCGAGAGCUGGAAGUGGGAUGAGGAUGGGGAUGUGCAGGAGGAUGCCGCAGGAUGUGUUGCAAGUCGCAGUUGGCAUUUAUCAUACAGAACUGCAGCACUGCUUCUGCAACUAGUAAGCUUGCUUUUCAGGGGCGCUUGGCCUCUCUAGGGCGACUAAGAUUGCAACACACACAUUGUAGAACGCUAUAGCUCGUGUACGCUCGUGUCCAUUUGCGCCUGUACUGCUGUAACUCAUCAUUGUG